AUGCAAGAGUAAAUAAUCCAAGAAAGUUAUUCUUAUUUAAAUGAUUUAAAUACUAAAGUCUUACAUACUAAUACAUUGGUAUUAUAUUAAUAUUUAAUAGGUUGAUGUCUUUAAAGCAUUCAUUAAAAAUAUUCAUUAAUCAUUUUCUACUCUCUCCAUGUAAUUAAAUGAAUUCUCUGAAUAAUUUUAUACUUAAUUAGCUUAAACACCUGAAGAGAAUGAAUUGAAUUUAUUCUAUUACAAUCAAUUAUCAAAUGCCAUCAUUGCUCUUUCUCACAAUUUAGAAGAGUAAAUGAUUGAUAUGUAAUAGGAUAUAAUUUAACCUUAUGAAGAUUUCUCAACUAAUUAUUAUUAAAUUAAUAGCACUUUAAUCAUAAAAGCUAAAGAAUUUCUAAAGUAGAUAGAAAAUUAAAGAGAUACUCUAUUUACUAAAUAAUAACAUUAUCUUAGAACAGCUUAUGAUUUAGAAAAGAAGAAAAAUUCUAAAUAAUUAAAAUUGAGAGCAGAUGAAUUAUUUGUUGAUUAUAGAUAAGAAUUAGUUGUAGUUAAUUAAUUAUGGCACAUAUUUAAUGAAAAAUUUAAAUCAUAAUUUGAUGAAUAUGAUUAAAAUGAAUUAACAAGAACUUAAAUCACUAAAACAACUUCAGAAAAAGUUGUAUCUCAUUUUUUCUAAUUAACAAACAUCUUGAAUCUUAAAUUGCAAUAAGUUUUGACAUCUUCUAAUGAAAAAUUCUCACUUAUUCAAAGCAAACAUUCAAGUGAAAAAUAACCUGUUUUGAAAAAUAUUUUGAGAAAUAGGAAAUUUAAUAUUUUUAAGGUGACUAAAUAAGAUAAUUUUAUAACUUAUGAAGAUUGGAUAGCAAAUAUUAAUUCACAUGAUAAAUUUGAUCCUGUAAAUCUUUAAAAAUUUAAAUUAACUUAAUAAAUGGAAUAAUAAAUUAAUUUAUUGAUUGAAUUAGUUUCUUAAUCAACCAUUUAAGAUUAAAAUAAAUAAUAAUAAUUUUAAUCUAUCAUUGAUUUUGAUUAUGAAACAUUAUUUUAACAUCAAGAUACAAGAAUCAAAUUACUAGAUAGUAUAAUUAAAAUAAUUGAUCAAGCACCUACAGAUGUAAUCUUAAUAAAUCCAUAAUCAAAUGAUCUUUUAGUAUUGAUUGCUAAACAUUUAAUUCUAAGUAUAAUAGACAUUAAUUAUUUAAGAUUUAUAAAAAGAUUAAUAUUUUAAUGUGGUAGAAUUUAAUUUAUUAUUAAAUUUUAUAACUUAAUUUGGAAUGAGAGAAAAGAAUCAAUUUAUUGCAAUAGGAUAAUAAGCUAGUGAAAAAACCUUUCUAUUUUAUGAAAAAAAUAAGUGGCAAUAACUUUUGCUCUACUUAAAUGAAUAAGAAAAUUUACCAAGCACAAAUAAAUAUGAAAAUAGCAAUUAAAAUUAUAAAAAAACAUAAAUACUAAAUUUAUUAUACUAAAAAAAGAGAAUAAUUAAAGAAUAAAUGACUCAGGAAUAAAAGUUAAACUAUUUAAAAGUAUUAUUGAAUUUAUAAAAAAUUUGUUCAAUAAUGCUUAAGUUAGAUAUAAAAAUAGAUUAUGCAAGUGAGACUAUAAUAAUAUUAUCUAAAAUGUGUAAUAUAAGAGUUCAUGAUAUAGUGUUAUUGUUGGAAUAAUUUGAAUCAAUUAAAAUAUAUAUGGAAUAGAUUUAACCACAAUCUCCUAAGACUUAAUAGUUAAUCAUGGAGAAAAAGAGAUUAUUUUAUAUCUUCAAAAAAUGUUUAAAGUAUGUUCCAUUAUAAGAGUAAUUGAAGAUAGUUUUGAUAAAUAAAGAAUUCUCUUAAUUAAGUAUGAAAAUAAAACAAAGAUAUUUAUGUUUAAAUACUUUAACAGAACGAUUGUCUUUGAAAAGAAAAUUAUUAUGGAUAAGUUUAUUGUAACCAGAAUGCAUUUAACUUGAUUACUAUAAAUUAAAGGAGAAAUAUUCAAAAUAAGCAGGAGGGAAGGAAGCAACAUUAGAACAUUAAAUAGCUUAAGAUGUAUAGAGAUCAUUUAAUAGUGGAGGAUAAUAAAGUAAGAUAAAUCAUUUGACAUUGCAUAAUUUACUUAAAUUAUAUGCAUAUUAUAAUAAUACAGUAUCAUAUACAUAAGGUAUGAAUUUUGUAAUGGGUUUCAUAUUUACAAUAAUGAUUGAAGAAGAAUUAACAUUUAGAUGUUUUGCUGCUUUAAUUAACUUAUUAUUGAAAGAUGUAUUACUUUAUGAUCUUAAAUAUAUAAGAGUGUUUUUUUAUAAGUUAGAUAGAUUAUUGGCAAUAUUUAUGCCUAAAAUUCAUUAACAUUUAAAAGAAGAGAAAAUUGAAGCAGGACAUUACUCUGCUCCAUGGUUUAUUACAUUAUUUACAGGAUCAUUUAUGAAAAAUGAAUUUUCAACUGUGCUUUUUGACAUAUGGGAUUUAUUAUUAAGUCGGGGUUGGUGUGGAUUUUACUAGAUAAUUUUGGGAAUCUUUUAAACUUAUGAGGAAAAGAUAUUAUCAAUGAAAUUUGAUAUGUUAUUAUAAUUUUUAAAUAAUUUAAGUAAAGCAGAAUUUUUCACUUAAAAUACAGAUGUAAUUAAAUUAUUAUUUAAAAUAGGAAAUAGCAUCUUUAAAAACAUUAAAGUAACGUGCUCUAAGAUUUAAGGUGACUAACAAAUUGAUUGGAGAAUUAGAUAAAGAAUAUUAUUUGGUGAGAUAGAAAAUAAAUAAUUUAAUGAACUCUUGA